AUGUAUACUUUGGAGAUGCUUCUCACAAGAGCUUGUGAUGAUGAAUGCACAGGACUUCUUCUCAAUGACCUGGAUCGACUAAACCAGAUGAUCCUGAGUGUUAAUCUUAGUGGUCCACUGCCUGCUCCAUAUAAAAUGUUGCAUGGUUUUGAGAACAUGACACAGGAAUUAAAGCAUUUGCUUUCACCUCAGAGAGCUCCAGAGAGAUUUCUUCAGCUAGCACAAGAAAAUCUGGAUACCCUAGUGACAGAAAUGGAUGAACUACUGACAAGAGCUACCAAGGUGACAGCAGAUGGUGAGCAAACCAGGCAGGAUGCUGAGAGGACUAACGACAGAGCGAAAUCUCUUGGACAGUUCGUCAGAGGCAUUCUCCAAGCUGCUGAAGCUGCAAAUGAAGAUGCUAUAAAACUGAACGAGACACUUAGAACCCAAGACAAGACCUUGGAGAAGAGUCUUCCAGAACUGCAGAGUGAGGCGGACAGAAUGAUUGCAGAGUUGAGAAGUAGAGGGCUGAAUAUGCAAGAAAGAAUAGCUCAAGAUGAGAAGGUACUCAGUGAAAAUCUUUUGGACAAGGUGAAGAGCUUAUUUGGUGAGCCCAGUGACAAUAAUGAGGUUCUCAAAAAUGAGGUCCGGGACAAGCUAGCAAGCUACCACACUAAAGUAGAUGAUGCUCGAGAUCUGCUAAGAGAAGCUAGACGUAAAAUUUGGGAGGCUGAUCGUUUAUCUGUGGUCAACAAAAAAAAUAUGACUGUGGUAGAGAAGAAAAAGCAAGCUGUAGAAGAUGGCAGACAAGACGUUGAAAAGAGCCUGCAGGAAGGGAAUGAUGUCCUUAAUGAAGCCAGCAAACUUGCAAAUGAAAUCAGCUUAGCUAUAGAGUAUGUAGAAGGCGUUGCAGAUAAGAUACAGUCAAUGUCUGAUCAGCUGAAUGAUAAAAUAAAUGAUUUAUCACAAGAAAUUCAAGAUAGGAUGCUUCCAGAAAAGGUGUUGCAAGCUGAGAACCAUGCAGCCCAGCUGAAUGAAUCAUCUGCAAUACUGGAUGGAAUCCUUGCUGAAGCCAAAAACCUCUCUUUCAAUGCCACACUUGCUUUCAAUGCUUAUACUAACAUCAAGGAUUACAUAGAUGAAGCUGAAAAAGUUGCCAAGGAAGCCAAGACUCUUGCAAAUGAAGCUAUGCAAGCGACAUCUGGUCCUCAAGGAUCAUUGAAGGAUGGCGCCAAGAGCUCUCUUCAGAAAAGCUUCAGGGUCCUUAAUGAUGCCAAGAUGUUAGAAAAUGAUGUUAAAGAAAAGGGGAAUAAUCUGAACAGCAUGCAGAACAAGCUGAAAGAUGCUGAUGAGAACAAUUCCAUUCUCCUGAGAACUUUGAAUGAAACCUUAGGAAAGCUGUCAGCCAUUCCUAACGAUACAGCUGUGAAGGUACAGGCAGCCAAAGAUAAAGCCAAGCAAGCUAACGAUACUGUAAAUAACAUCCUGGCCCAGGUUAAAGACCUCAACCAGAAUCUCCUGGGCUUGAGAAACAACUACAGUAAACUUGCAGACGAUGUGGCAAAAACAAAUGCUGCUGUGAAGGAUCCUAUCGAGAACAAAAUCAUUGCUGAUGCAGAUUCCAGUAUUAAAAGGCUAGAAAAGGAAGCAGAUCGCCUGCUAGAUAAAAUCAAGCCAAUUAAAGAACUUCAGGAUAACUUAGGGAAAAACAUUUCUCAGAUAAAAGAGCUGAUAAACCAAGCUCGGAAGCAAGCCAAUUCGAUCAAAGUGUCUGUGUCCUCUGGAGGCAAUUGUAUUCGCACAUACAGACCAGAAAUAAAGAAGGGAACAUACAACACUGUCAUUGUCAAUGUGAAGACUUUAGUUGCUGACAAUCUGCUUUUUUACCUUGGAAGUGCCAAGUUUACUGACUUCUUGGCCAUAGAGAUGCGCAAAGGCAAGGUGAGCUUUCUGUGGGAUGUGGGAUCUGGUGUUGGACGCAUAGAGUAUCCAGAUCUGACCAUUGAUGAUGGGUUUUGGUACCGGAUUGAAGCCUCUAGGACUGGGAAAAAUGGCACAAUAUCAGUGAGAGCUCUGGAUGGUCCUAAAGCCAGCAUUGUGCCAGCCACUUUCAGUGCUGUUUCUCCACCUGGAUAUACCAUUCUGGAUGUGGAUGCUAAUGCCAUGCUGUUUGUUGGUGGUUUAACUGAAAAAAUAAAGAAGUCAGAUGCUGUAAGAGUCACCACCUUCACUGGCUGCAUGGGUGAAACCUUUCUAGACAGCAAGCCCAUAGGACUGUGGAAUUUCAGGGAUAUUGAAGGUGACUGCAAAGGAUGUGCCGUCAGCCCACAGGUGGCAGAUGGUGAAGGGACAGUCCAGUUUGAUGGUGAAAGCUAUGCCAUGGUGAGCCGCCCAAUCCGCUGGAACCCCAACAUUUCCACAGUCAUGUUCAAAUUCAGGACCUUCUCAUCAAAUGCCCUGCUGAUGUAUCUUGCUACUGAUGAUUUGAAGGAUUUCAUGAGUGUAGAACUCAGUGGUGGACGUAUAAAAGUCAGCUACGAUUUGGGUUCAGGUACAGCUUCUGUUACCAGCAACCAAAACCAUAAUGAUGGCAAAUGGAAAUCUUUCACCCUGUCAAGAAUUCAAAAGCAAGCCAACAUAUCAAUUGUCGACAUAGACACCAAUGAAGAAGAGACCAUAGCAACAACUUCUACAGGCAGUCACUUUGGGCUUAACUUAAAAGGGCAUGAGAAAAUCUAUUUUGGGGGGUUGCCAACCCUGAGAAAUCUAAGUAUGAAAGCAAGGCCUGAAGUGAACUUACAGAAAUAUACAGGUUGUCUCAAAGAGAUUGAAAUUUCAAGGACACCAUAUAAUAUAUUGAGUAGUCCUGAUUUUGUUGGUCUAACCAAAGGAUGCACAUUAGAGAACAUUUAUACAGUUAGCUUCCCCAAGCCAGGUUUUGUGGAACUGCAGCCUGUGUCCUUUGACGUGGGCACAGAAAUCAACCUCUCCUUCAGCACCAAGAAUGAGUCUGGGAUAAUGUUGUUUGGCACAAGUGGCACAGUUGUCCCUCCUAGGAGAAAGCGCAGACAAACAGGACAGGCCUACUAUGCAGUGUUCCUGAACAGAGGUCGACUAGAAGUGCAUAUCUCCACUGGGAUACGGGAUCCCCACAGAAUCACCAUCAGACCAGAAGCUGGCGAGUUUCACGACGGCAGGGCACACUCCAUCCGGAUAGAACGAUCUAGAGGGAUGUUCACUGUUCAAGUAGAUGAAGACAAAGGCCAGACUCAGAGACUGCCAACAGACCAGCCCAUCUCUGUCAGGAAACUCUUUGUGGGGGGUACUUCUUCUCAGUUUCAGACUGCACUGCUCAGAAACAUACCACCAUUUGAGGGCUGUAUAUGGAAUCUUGUCAUUAAUGCCACCCCCAUGGACUUUGCUCAACCCGUGUCAUUUGAAAAUGCAGAUAUUGGCCGAUGUCCCUCUCUAGAACCAGAGGUUAGGACACCUGAGGAUGAAGAUAAACCAAUCCAGACAACAGUCCUGAUCCAACCUGAACCAGACACUAAUGGGGAGAAAGAAAGACCCAGGACUCCUCCUGCUUCCCUUCCUCCUCCACCACCAUCUCUAUCAGCAGCAUUUGAUUCGCUUGCCACUGAAAUGAAGAGCGCCAGGUUUACUUCUCCGUUUGACUCCAUGACGGAUUCCUGUGCUGCUGACACAGAACCAGACAUUUUGGAAGGUGGCAAGCAAUUUGGUCUUUCAAGGAACAGCCACAUUGCAGUAGCAUUUGAUGACACCAAAGUGAAAAACAGACUUACAAUUGAAUUUGAAGUCCGAACAACAGCUGAUUCUGGCUUGCUGUUUUACAUGGCCCGUAUCAACCAUGCUGAUUUUGCUACAGUUCAGAUAAAGAAUGGACUGCCUUACUUCAGCUAUGAUUUGGGGAGUGGAGAUACCAACACAAUGAUUUCCAACAAAAUAAAUGAUGGGCAGUGGCACAAGAUAAAAGUAGUUCGAACGAAGCAAGAAGGAAACCUUAUAGUAGAUGAUGUUUCUAACAGGACUGUUAGCCCCAAGAAAGCUGAUAUAUUGGAUGUUGUAGGAAUGCUGUAUGUUGGAGGAUUGCCCAUUAACUACACAACUAGAAGGAUUGGUCCGGUCACCUAUAGCAUCGAUGGCUGCAUCAGAAAUUUUAAAAUGACAGAAGCACCUGUUGACCUGGAUAAUCCAACUUCCAGCUUCAGUGUUGGAAAAUGCUUUGUCACUGCACAGAAAGGAACAUACUUUGAUGGAACAGGCUUUGCCAAAACAGUUGGUGCAUACAAAGUGGGAACAGACCUGCUUGUGGAAUUUGAAUUCCGUACAACACGACUGAACGGUGUUCUCCUAGGAGUCAGCAGCCAGAAAAUGGAUGGGCUUGGCAUCGAAUUAGUUGAUGAAAAAGUGAUGUUUCACGUUGACAAUGGUGCAGGCCGAUUCUCUGCUAUCUAUGAGCCUGAUGCACCAGGCAGCUUAUGUGACGGACAGUGGCACAAGGUUCUUGCAAACAAGAUCAAACACCGUUUAGAGCUGACUGUGGAUGACAAGCAAGUGGACAGUAACAGCCCAAACAGGGCUUCAACCUCAGCAGACACUAAUGACCCUGUCUUUGUUGGAGGAUAUCCUGAUGGCAUAACCCAGUUUGGGCUGACCACUAAUAUCCGUUUUAAAGGAUGUAUUCGAUUUCUGAAGCUCACCAAGGGUACUGCUAAACCUCAAGAGAUUAACUUCAGCAAAGCUUUGGAGCUGAAGGGUGUUCAACCGCUGUCAUGCCCUGCAAACUAACUGUCAUUCAGCUGAUACAGACCUGUUUGUACAAGCACCUCAGAUUAAAAAAAGAAAAAAAAAAUCUCUAUAUACAUUACGUUCAUAAUAAAAUAUCUUUAUGC